AUGGGAGUGACGGUACGGGGACGGCCUCAGGCGUGUCAGGUGACGCCCAAAAGCUCCCUCCACUAUGCGACCUUGGCCGUUUUUCUUCUUCUUCUCCUCCUGCGAGAUGACACUUCAUCUUCUUCCACUGCAACUCCAGGCAUCCUCGUCUUCUUCUUCUUCUUCUUCUUCCUCUUCUUUCACUUCGUCUUUUUACUGAUCAUCUUCUGCCUGGCCUUCUAUUUACUCUACCAUCCUCUCGCCUCAACCUCUUCCUCCGCUUCCGCUUCCUCCCUGUCUCUGCCCCCCUAUACCUCUGCAUAUACGUCUCCUAUAGACAGUUCGAGAAAGACGCGGUCCAGACAACCCAAGAGAACCACAACCAACCAACAAAAGAGAGAGAAAGAGAAAGAGAGAGAGAGAGAGAGAGAGAAGAGAGCGUCAGUCUCGCAGAUAUAUUGGGAGAGUCUCCAGUUGUCCUCCGUCUCCGUGUCCAUCUCUGCCUACUUGGUGUGCUGUGUUGCCUGCUGCUGGACUCUUCGCUCGUAUCUGUACCUUCCUGUUGCCUCUUCCUAUCCUGUUAUUAUUACUCUUCUCUCUGUUGUCAGGUUGAUACUGCAAAGCAAAGAAAAAGAUCAAUCUAUCAAGAAGAAAGUGGACAGCAAAAGGAAAACGAAAAGACAAGAAACAAAACCUAGUAGCUGUUCUGCUUUUUCAUCUCUGUUCUCUGCUCUUGUUCUGCCCUUCUUUUUGCGGCCAAAUUCUACUACACAAGCCAAAAAGCCACAAUCAACACCAACAACCGCCACUCCAGCUCAAGCUACCUGCCAAAGAAAAGAAAGAAAUCAAACAGAAAAUCAAGAAAAACAAGAAGAAGCGAAAACUAUUACCAUCCAGUAUACUCUCCCGUACCAUAGCAUGACUCCCUCUGACCUCGCCCACCAGCCCAGCCCUCACCCUCCCGCGCUGCCCGUCUCUGCCCUUGACCAGGAUAAUGAUAUCGAUAUUCCCGAUGCCGAUGAUGUGGAAGAUAUCAAGAUAGCAGCCGCUCACAAGAGGCAGGACUCCUUCAGCUCCCAGGCUCGCUCCCACUCUCGCUCCAGCAGCAUCGGAGGUGCCUCGUUUGGCUCCAUCGAGGAAGACAACACCGGAAUCGCUCAGUCCUUUGUUGAUACCAAGGAAAGCAACUCUUCCGGUGACAAGACGCAUGCCGCUGACUGUUCAGCUAGCAAGGCCAAAGAGCUCAAGGCUCCCAUCCCCGAUUUCUGCUGCCCCUGUGGAACCUUUCGAGGAUGGAAACAGAUUCGUCUCGGUGGGAGAAAGCUGAGCAGAAGCUACAGCGACCUUCGUCUGCUUGGAGGAACUCAGGCCAGAGGAUGGGCAUGGGAAGAAGAAGCCCCUAAUCCGGAACCGCCAAAGGCGCAACAACAGCAACAACAAAAUGAGGACCAAGAAGAAGUGCUGGAAUUGCGUCGUCCUGCUCCCAGGGUGACCAAGAGAGCCUGUCUGGAGAGACUGCCGGUUGAGAUACUGGAUGAAAUUAUAUCACACCUGGCUCUGGAUAUUCCACCAAACGGGUAUACCCCCCGAAAUGUCGAUUUGAUAUCCUGCCUGUUGACCUGUCGAACUCUGCACUCGGCUACCCUAGGAGUGCUGUACAGACACAUCACCAUUCCCCACUCCAUCAUCUUUUCCAAGGCUCUUAACCAUAUCCGCCAGUAUCCCUCUCUAGGCACUAUUGUCAGACGACUGGACUUUUCACACUUUACCUCUGUUGGCCUCGGACGCACUCAGCAGAUGAACGUUGAAAUCCAGAACCUCACUGCAAAGACUCUGCUCCAGUGCCUUGACCUACUGCCAAAUCUCAAGGAGCUGCUUCUUCAGGAACAUGUCGAGGACGACGUGGACGGAGAUGUUGUGCGCAAGAUCUUCAUCACCAAGACUCUUCUCCGUGCAAUUGACUUCUGUGGCUGCUCUUCUGCCAAAUUCUCCUCUGGUUUCCUCAGUGCUGUCACGCAGGAGCCCGAAUUUCCCAGUGUUCUCCCAAAUCUCCGUCGUAUAUCCCUUCACGAAUGUACUGGGCUACCCGACGAGGCCUUCCAGUCUCUUCUUCCCCGUCUUAUCAAUCUCACUCAUCUUGACGUUGCUCAUACCCAGAUCAGCAAUAGUACCCUAUUCCUGAUCCCGUACACUGCUCGGCUCACCCAUCUCAACAUCUCGCGAUGCACCAAACUCACCGGUCCAGAGGUUGUCCGGUUCCUCUCUACCCACCCGGCAGUAACCUCUUCUCUGGUCUACCUCAAUCUCAUGGUCGACGCUUCUCGUCAUCGUAUCCUCGAGGAGGCGGAUGUACCAAAUCUCCUACCACACCUGAAAUCCACCCUCCGCUCUCUCAACCUGGGAGGAGCCCGUAUCACCUCCGCACACAUGCCCGACCUCCUCAGGCUCUCCAAGCAUGUCGAGGAAUUAGGCCUGUCCUCUGCAGACCUCACUCUCGACGACAUCAACUCCUUCUUUGCCCCUCCGCCAUCUUCAGCAACUGGCUCAUCCAACGCGACUCCCUGGCAGCCCUCUCAUCUCCGCUACCUCGACCUCACUCGUAACCCAUACUUGAAUCAAGCUGCCCUCUUCAACUCCAAGUCUUGUUUGCUGGUGACUCCCCAGAGCUACCCACUACUUGUCAUCGAGAUGAGCGAGCGUAUCAUCGCCCCGCUGCGUUCUCGCAGCAAGUCCAACAACAAUCGUAGCGGAUGGGUUGUCCGCGAACUCGGUAGGCGAGGCUGGUAUGUUCGCGAACCCAGCGGUGAUCCCUCUAUGCCUGUUGAUGACGGCCAGAGAAGCUGGAAGAUGGGCGCACAUUGGUGGGGAACCCGCAAGAUCCCUGUCUCUGUGGGCGACGUCGGCGGCAUCUAUGGACACUACAUGUUCAAGAAGUGA